AAAAGAAAAGAAAAAAAAUAAUAGACGGUUGGAUUGGACCUUAUGCGUUGCGGGGACUGACGGUUGGCGGCUGCGGCCCCCUUUUUCUGGUUCAACAUAAAUAGUUGGCCAUCAAGUCAACAUUUUUUUUCUCUCUAAUGGAUUCCGUAAUCCCAUUGAGAACCACCACGGCCACCGCCGCGGCAACGGCGACAGAGGCAACUUCAGCGGCGGCAACAGUAAGACCUCGGUUCUCGUUUCAACUCCUUGCAAAUCUCAGACCAAAGAAACCGGCAUUUCCCUUAUCAGUUCCAACGACUAUUUUCACGAGCCAUCAAGGUCGGGUUUUGCCUCGAUGUUCACCUCUUCGAGCUCAAGAGGAUGGUUCAGUGGUGGUUUCUGAAUCCUCCAUUCCUGAAGGAGAAGCUCUCAAAAUCAAGGAGUGGGAAGUAGAAAGAUUCCAAGAUGAAAUUGCAGCAAGUCAGGGUAUAAAAAUUAGAAGGAGGCCGACAACAGGACCUCCUUUGCACUAUGUUGGCCCUUUUGAAUUUCGUAUGCAGAAUGAAGGCAAUACUCCAUGUAACAUACUAGAAGAAAUUAUCUGGUACAAGGACAAGGAAGUCUCACAGAUGAAAGAGAAGAAACCACUUAUUCUACUGAAAAAACAACUUAGCGGUGCUCCACCUACUAGAGAUUUUCUAGGAGCUUUGAAGGCAUCAUAUUCAAGAACAGGGUUGCCUGCUCUUAUUGCUGAAGUGAAGAAGGCUUCUCCAAGUAGAGGUGUUCUGCGUGAAGAUUUCAAUCCAGUUGAGAUUGCCAAAGCCUAUGAAAAAGGUGGAGCAGCAUGCCUAAGUGUUUUGACAGACCAGAAAUAUUUUCAGGGAAGCUUUGAAAAUCUAGAGGCCAUAAGGAAUGCUGGAGUAGAGUGCCCUUUGUUGUGUAAAGAAUUUGUUAUAGAGGCUUGGCAAAUCUACUAUGCUCGGGUCAAAGGUGCGGAUGCAAUUUUGUUAAUUGCUGCUGUUCUACCAAAUCUUGACAUCCAAUAUAUGAUUAAGAUCUGCAAAUUACUUGGAUUGACAGCACUAGUUGAGGUACAUGAUGAGACGGAGAUGGAUCGUGUCCUCGGAAUUGAGGGGGUUGAGCUGAUUGGCAUAAAUAAUAGAGACCUUGGAACUUUCAAGGUGGACAUUAGCAAUACUAAGAAACUCCUGGAAGGAGAGCGUGGAGAAAAGAUUCGGGAGAAGGGCAUAAUUGUGGUUGGGGAGUCUGGACUAUUUACUCCAGCUGAUAUUGGUUAUGUACAAGAAGCUGGUGUCAAAGCGGUGCUAGUUGGUGAGUCGCUUGUAAAACAGGAGGAUCCUACUAAAGGAAUUAGUGGACUCUUUGGUAAAGACAUCUCCUGCUAAGAUGCACAGCCAGUUGACUCUGUCACUGUUCCUUUUCGGAGUGAUCUAUUUGAGAUUCUUCACCACAAUUUUGGAUUGUUGGUCACCUGAUUGCUUCAGUGUAAGAUAUAAUAUAUAGAUAAGUGCAGUAUGAAGGGAAAUGCUUACGGGAAGCCUGUUUCCAUUAAUUUUAUAUUUCUAUUUGAUACUUGGUACACUUUAGAAUUGUUAGUAUUUGAACAAGUGCUUCGGUUUCAGUUCAAAAUGGUUGUAAUAUUUAUGUUGUAAUAUUUCCACAAUAAAAGUGCUGCUUAGUAGGCAUUCUAUAGAAAUUGACUAGCACGUUUACACAAA